AUGAAGAUGAUUCUGGUGCGCAGGUUCCGCGUGCUCAUCCUGAUGGUGUUCUUGGUGGCUUGCGCCCUGCACAUCGUGCUGGACCUGCUGCCCAAGUUGGAGCGGCGUGCCACGCGGCCCCCGGGCGAGCCAGGCUGCUCGUGCGCACAGCCCGCGGCGGCUGAGGCGGCGGGACCCGACUGGGCCCAGGCGCGCGGCCGCCCCGGGGAGCCCCCGGCCGCUGCCGCUGAGCCCGGCUGGCCCAACAAACACACACUGCGUAUUCUCCAGGACUUCAGCUCAGACCCUUCCUCCAACCUCACUUCCCACUCGCUGGAGAAGCUGCCGCCCGCGGCUGAGCCGGCCGAGGGCGCCUGGAGAGGGCGGGACCCCAGCUCCACACAGCCUCGCGACCCCGCGCACCGGCCGCUACUCCGAGACCACGGUCCGCGGAUGUCGGCGCCUCCUCCGGGCCCCAGCGGGGAUGGCUCCUUCUUGGCUAGGCUGUUUGAACACCCACUCUACCGGGUGGCCAUCCCUCCGCUAACAGAGGACGACGUCCUGUUUAAUGUCAAUAGUGACAUCAGGUUCAAUCCCAAGGCAGCAGAGAGCCCAGACUGGCCACACGAAGGCAAUGAAGGUGAAUUCCCACCCACGGGUGGCACGGCUGUGGACACCUACCCCAACUGGCUGAAGUUCCACAUCGGGAUCAAUCGUUAUGAGCUCUACUCGCGACACAACCCCGCCAUCGAGGCACUGCUGCAUGAUCUCGGCUCCCAGAAGAUCACCAGUGUUGCCAUGAAGUCAGGGGGCACGCAACUCAAGCUCGUCAUGGUGCUCCAGAAUUAUGGGCAGGCGCUAUUCAAGCCCAUGAAGCAAACGAGGGAGCAGGAGACACCCCCCGACUUCUUUUACUUCUCUGACUAUGAGAGGCACAAUGCAGAGAUAGCUGCCUUCCACCUGGACAGGAUCCUGGAUUUCCGCCGCGUCCCUCCUGUGGCAGGCAGGAUGGUCAACAUGACUAAGGAAAUCAGGGACGUCACACGGGACAAGAAACUGUGGAGAACCUUCUUCAUCUCACCAGCCAACAACAUCUGCUUCUAUGGGGAGUGCUCCUACUACUGCUCCACAGAGCAUGCUCUGUGCGGGAAGCCCGACCAGAUCGAGGGCUCGCUGGCCGCCUUCCUGCCUGACCUGUCUCUGGCCAAGAGGAAGACCUGGAGGAACCCUUGGCGGCGCUCCUACCACAAGCGCAAGAAGGCAGAGUGGGAGGUGGACCCUGACUACUGUGAGGAGGUGAAGCAGACGCCCCCCUAUGACAGCCCCCAGCGCAUCCUGGACCUCAUGGACAUGACCAUCUUCGAUUUCCUCAUGGGAAACAUGGACCGUCACCACUAUGAGACCUUUGAGAAGUUUGGGAACGAGACAUUUAUCAUCCACUUGGACAAUGGCAGAGGGUUUGGGAAGCACUCCCACGAUGAGCUCUCCAUUCUGACGCCUUUACAGCAGUGUUGCAGGAUCAGGAGGUCCACCUACCUGCGGUUGCAGCUCCUGGCCAAGGAGGAAUAUAAGCUGAGCCUGCUGAUGGCCGAGUCUCUGCGGGGGGACCUGGUGGCCCCUGUACUCUACCCACUGCAUCUGGAGGCGCUGGACCGGCGGCUGCGCCUGGUGCUUCAGGCUGUGGGGGACUGCGUGGAGAAGGGCGGGAUCCAAAGCGUGGUGGAGGAUGACCUGGGCUUGGACCGCACGGCCACUGCCACCAUGGCCACCUCUGCGAGUGCUGCCAAGGUAUGUCACACGGCAGAGAGGCCCCAGGUGGACGCCCCGGCCUGGUGGACAGGUGGACACAGCACGGUGUCUCAGUGUGAUGCCGAUCACCAGCAGCAGCCGGGCUGGUGGCCUUGCCUCUGA